UAGAUUAUAUGUCAGGUGUUAAAAAACCAAAACUGCAAUUAAAUAAUCAGAGAGAUCAGUCAGAUGAUCCAAUCCAAUGAGUGAGUGAAGUUUCCAAGUGAUUGUCAAGUUUCUCAGUUCCAAAUUCCAAUCAAACUCACAAUUUUACAACUUCCUUCACUUACCCACUCAUUCACUUUGUGUUCUUUAUUCUCUGUGUGUGUUUCAACACUAUCAAUUACCAUAACCAACAACAACAAAAGUGAAAAUUGAAAACCUUAAAAACAACAUGGCAAUAUGGGUAUUUGGUUAUGGUUCUUUAAUCUCAAAAGCUGGUUUUAACUACGAUGAACGUCUUGUUGGUUUCAUCAAAGGUUAUCGACGUGUUUUUUACCAAGGUUCUACUGAUCAUAGAGGAACCCCUGAGUUUCCUGGAAGAACUGUCACAUUAGAGCCUGCUGAAGGAGAAAUUUGUUGGGGAGCUGCUUACAAGAUCUCAAAGGAAGAAGAUCAAGAAAUUGCAUUGACGUAUCUUGAAGUGAGGGAGAAACAAUACGACCGAAAGGAAUAUGUGGAUAUUUUCACUGAGCUUAAUGCUGCAACGCCAGCCGUUUCUGGGGCAUUGGUAUAUAUAGCAUCGCCAGACAAGAAAGUCAAUAUAAAUUAUUUAGGUCCUGCAUCUGUUGAAGAUAUUGCAAGGCAAAUUGUUCAAGCUGAAGGCCCCUCAGGACCUAAUAGAGAGUAUCUAUUCGUACUUGAAAACGCUCUCCUUCAAAUUGGAAGCAAAGACGAGCAUGUUAUUGAUCUUGCAAAUGAAGUCAGGCGUAUAAUUUCAGAAGAGAACUGAAUGAUUCAAGUGUUAUUAGCACCAGACAUUCUGAGACUAUUGAGCAAGCCCUAUAUUUAUAAUCCAUUGGAAACUUCAAUUCUUUCAAAAAUGUUAUCGGGAGAUAAUAUUGAAUAUUGAUCUUCUCAUGUAAUAUCUUGUUUCUGCUUUAAUGCAGCUGAGUAGAAGUGGAACCGACCAUUGCAAUAGUAGAACCAAACUACAAUGCUUAUUAUAUAAGUGAUUAUGUAUAACUAUAAGUUAUUUUAUAACAAA